ACGUUUGACACAUAAUUGAUUGCGUAAUGACAAAUUAAUUGUGAUGCUUGCGAAGGUUUAUUAACAUGAAAUUGUUGUUACUUAUCGUGGCGUUUGAGUAUUGUGUGGCCUUGAAAUAAUCAUCGUUUAGUAAUAGACUUUUAGUUUGAAGUUACCCAGCAAAAACUGGUAACUAGCUAUGUAGGAUACGAAAACAACUCUGUAAAUACUUAUCAUAAGACACGUGUAGUGAAGAAAGCGCCGCAAAAUAUUACACAUAACGAGGAAAGAUCAUAUGUAAUAUCAAAGUCCAAAGAAAACGCGUGAGGUUAGUAUGGACAAUGAAACCGUUUUUGUCCGAGAAAGAGGCAAACUUCGUUGUGUUAGUGACAUAGUCCUAGCACAGCCAAAGCCAGUAACUUCAUGCAGAAGGACAAAUCCAUUUGUGCCGAGAAAAGAGCACUUCGUAUUCACGUACAACGCAGAGGGAAGUCUAAGGUACACCUCAAAAUCUCUGUUUGACAUCACGCUGUUGUUCGUAGCUGAUAACAUUCACCAUGUGGAUUCUCUGGUUGGCUUCCCUGAGCAAAUAGGAGACAAACUUUUUGCAGCAGCAGAGGAAAAUCGUGUAUUUUUAAACACAGAUAUUUCUCCUCAAGCCCUGAAGUUAUUCAGUGAUGCAUAUGGGCAGAUGGUGCUAGGAUCCCUCUGUCUACGAAAUAGGUUUCCACUUUUGCAUGAGAGGAUAGAUGAAAUAAAAACAUUUCAUAGUUUGAAAUCUCUAGAUUUGUUUGGCUGCAGAUUGGGUGAUGAUCAUGAAAUAUUCCAGCAUCUAACAACCAGCUCACUGGCAAGUAACCUCAUUCAGCUUUUCAUCGGUGGCAACAGCCUGUCAGAUGUGGGCCUUCAAAGAUUAACUGCACCGAUCCGGAUGAUGAAAAAAGGACUGGACUGUCUUCAGCUCCUCGAUAUUUCACAUAACCCUAUUUCAGACAGGGCGCUCAGAUACCUCACAUGCCUCCCGAAACUUGAACAACUUGAUGUAUCAGGGACCAGUGUGAAGCUUGGCACAGGAUUGAAGACAACCAUAAGGAAACUUCUGGGGCUUAGCUAUUCUGAGAAACCACUGGACACCUUUGAUCACUCGAAAUGUAAAACUGAAGGAUGGGCAGAGCAAGUUAUAAACCAAUGGGAAACUAAUAGCGCACAAAUGCCAAAACAGAGGAAAAUUGAAGAAUCAAGAACAUCAGCACUUCACUUUUUUGGCAGGCAGAAGUUUCUCAAAAAAGUCUUGAAGGCAGCACCCCAGGCAUGUGAGAAUGAAGAAGCCAAGGGAGAGAGACUGCAUUUCUGCAGACCUGCAGCAAACAGUCCUAUUCCAGAAAAACAGGUUCCUCACAAGACAAAAAGUCAUCAAGCAGAGCCUUGCUGGCACAACAUCAAAAAAAGGCAGCAUGAGUCAGAAGGUUGCGACAGUUCUUGUCCCAGCCCUCCAACAAAGCGUUUGUCUGCAUCAGCUCUUACUUCAGAGGACACUGACUUGUUGAACAGCUAUUGAGACAUACUCUAUGUCCAUUUAGGCUCAAAUAGACAAGAAUAUUUUCCAAGAUGAUUCACAUUGGUUAACUGUAAACAUGAUUUUCUUGGUUUCGGGUCACAUUUUUGAUAUUUUUAUAAAUAAAGUUUAAUAUUUUGCAUGUA